AUGUUCGAUCAGAUGCUCAUCGAGCGGCUGAUUCAAGAGCAGGUGGCAGAGGAGGUGCCCGACGCGGCGGCGCAGCUAUUCGACUCCAAGACGGUGCUCGACCAGGUGGUCAUCGAGCGGCUGAUUCAAGAGCAGGUGGCCGAGGAGGUGCCCGACGCGGUGGCGCAGCUGUUCGACUCCAAGACGGUGUUCGACCAGAUGGUUAUCCAGCGACUGACUCAAGAGCAGGCGACCGACGAGGAGGAGAACAGAAGAUGGAAACAGCAGGAGAAACUAUCACAAGCAAAGGUGAAAUCCAAGCAGGACAAACUACCGCAAGCAAAGGGGAAAUUACCCUGGAGUAAGCUCAAGAACAAGAUUUUUCGUAAAGAAGGAAGGGAAAUAUGUUCAGAACAUGUGAAGCACCAGAUCUCAGCCCUUUUUGAUAACCUUGAUGGCAUGCCAAGAUAUUAUGCUAAAAUAAAAGGUUUUGAUGCCUCCAACUUUAAAGUUCAUCUCACUUGGCUGGAGCGCAUUGCAAUGAAUGAAGCAGAGGAGAAAUGGUCUGAUGAAGAACUGCCCGUUGCUUGUGGAAGCUUUAGCUUAGGAACAACAGAUAUAUCGCAAGACAGACUCAUGUUUUCACAUAUUGUUUCAUGGAAGGCAAACGGAGGAAAUAUGAAGUACAUCCCAGUAAGGCUGAGGUAUGGGCUCUUUAUAAGGGAUGGAACAUGCAGUGGGGAUCAGAUGCAGAUAAUCAUAGAUCCUAUGAAUAUGAAGUCAUGAAAGUCCUAUCAAAUUUCUCAGUUAGUGCUAGCGUUACUGUUGUCCCAUUAGUCAGGAACUCAGGAUUGAAGGCUUUGUCAGUUUAUUUGCGACGGUUAAGGAGAAAUCUGACAUUGUGGUGGCAGCAAGUGAGCUGCUUCGUUUUUCUCACAGUGCCCGCCGUGCAAGCGGUUUGAGGAUGUGGUUGAGCGGCUCAAUUGUCGAUUUUCCAAGAAGCGUCUGGUCAAUGCCG